AGGCCCUGUCUCUCUCCGCCAUGUUAGAUUCACCCCGCAGGGAUAGCCCCUGAGCUGGCUGCGGACGGUUCUUGGACUGGUUUCGGGCAGGCGCCCCCCGGGGGCGGGAAGCUGCCCCACAGCAUGGAACCACAGGUUACUCUAAAUGUGACUUUUAAAAAUGAAACUCAAAGCUUUCUAGUUUCUGAUCCAGAAAAUACAACUUGGGCUGAUGUGGAAGCUAUGGUAAAAGUUUCAUUUGAUUUGAACACUAUUCAAAUAAAAUACCUGGAUGAGGAAAAUGAAGAGGUAUCCAUCAACAGUCAAGGAGAAUAUGAAGAAGCACUUAAGAUGGCAGUUAAGCAGGGAAACCAACUGCAGAUGCAAGUCCAUGAAGGCUAUCGUGUUGUCUACGAAGCCCCACCCCCAGUUGGAGCAGAAAAACGACCAGUUACAAGGACAGGGAAGAAGCCACUUGCACAUUAUUCUUCACUGGUGAGAGUCUUGGGAUCAGACAUGAAGACCCCAGAGGGGCCUGCAGCACAGUUUCCACCUGCUCCACGUGACGCAGACCAGCCUCAAGACAAGCCCCCAGACUGGUUCACAAGCUACCUAGAGACAUUCAGAGAGCAAGUGGUUAAAGAAACGGUUGAGAAGCUUGAACAGAAAUUACGUGAGAAGCUUAUCCUCCAGAAUCCAUCCUUGGGUUCCUGUCCUUCAGAAGUCUCAAUGCCUAUUUCAGAGGAAACACUGUUUUUGCCAGAAAACCAGUUCAACUGGCAUAUUGCUUGCAGCAGCUGCCAAAGGAGGAUCGUUGGUGUGCGCUACCAGUGCAGCCUCUGCCCGUCCUACAAUAUCUGUGAAGAUUGUGAAUCGGGGCCAUAUGCCCACGACUCCAACCAUGUCCUGCUGAAGUUGCGGAGACCUGUUGUGGGCUCCUCUGAACCCUUCUCCCACUCGAGGUUCUCUACCCCUCGUCUUCCUGCUGCUCUGGAACAGGCCAGGCUCCAGAAACAGGUUGACAAGAGCUUUCUUAAAGCAGAAAAGCAAAGGUUGCGAGCUGAGAAGAAACAGCGUAAAGCAGAGGUCAAGGAACUUAAAAAGCAGCUUAAACUCCACAGGAAGAUUCAUCUGUGGAAUUCGAUCCAUGGGCUCCAGAGCCCCAAGUCUCCUUCGGGCCGACCCGAGAGCCUGCUGCAGUCUAACACCCCAAUGCUCCCUUUGCAGCCCUGUGCCUCAGUUAUGCCAACCCUCAGUGCAGCAUUUGUGGAUGAGAAUUUGCCUGAUGGGACUCACCUCCAGCCAGGAACCAAAUUUAUCAAACACUGGAGGAUGAAAAAUACAGGAAAUGUAAAGUGGAGUACAGACACAAAGCUCAAGUUCAUGUGGGGAAACCUGACUUUGGCUUCUACAGCGAAGAAGGAUGUUUUGGUUCCCUGCCUAAAGGCUGGCCAUGUGGGAGUUGUGUCUGUGGAGUUCAUUGCCCCAACCCUGGAGGGAACAUACACUUCCCAUUGGCGUCUUUCUCACAAAGGCCAGCAGUUUGGGCCUCGGGUCUGGUGCAGUAUCAUAGUGGAUCCUUUCCCCUCCACAGAGAGCCCUGAUAACAUUGAAAAGAGCAUGAUCAGCUCAAGCAAAGGUGAUAAUCUCACCUGCCAGCAAGAGGAAGCUCUUCUUCCGGCUAAAGAAGAAAUUCCACCUGGUGAAACAACUGAGCAGACAGAAGGGACAGGAACCUGCCUCCCACAGAAGGCCCAAAAUGCUGCCAGCGAGAGGGAGCUCUACAUCCCAUCUGUGGACCUUCUGACUGCCCAGGACCUGCUGUCCUUUGAGCUGUUGGAUAUAAAUAUUGUCCAAGAGUUGGAGAGAGUGCCCCACAACACCCCUGUGGAUAUGACUCCCUGCAUGUCUCCUCUGCCACAUGACAGUCCUUUAAUAGAGAAGCCAGGCUUGGGGCAGAUACAGGAAGAGAGUGAAGGGGCGGGAUUUAAAGAACUUCCUGAUUCCACAGUGUCAGUAAAGAAGAGGGCUGAGAACAUUUCUUCAGUGGAGGAAGCAGAAGAUGACCUGAGUGGGACCCAGUUCGUGUGUGAGACUGUAAUCCGAUCCCUUACCUUGGAUGCUGCCCCGGAUCACAAACCACCUUGCAGACAGAAGUCCACGCACAGGGCAGAAUUUCAGUUACACGCCACAGAGGAACAGCAGCCUGUUGUGCUGCCUGGAUUCUGCAGUAAGGAGUCUUCUUUGAAAUUUGCCCCACCCGAAGAGGGACCACUUGGAGACAAGAGGGAAGAGGUGGUCCGUAUUGUUGAAGAAGAAGCUGUCAUGGAGGAGGAGGAGGAGGAGCUCAAAGAUGAAGUUCAGAGUCAGUCUUCUGCUUCUUCGGAGGAUUACAUCAUCAUCCUGCCCGAGUGCUUUGACACCAGCCGCCCCCUGGGGGACUCCAUGUACAGCUCUGCCCUCUCACAGCCAGGCCUGGAGCGAGCGGCUGAAGGCGAGCCUGGGGUUGAGGCUGGGCAGGAACCAGUCGAGGCUGGGGAGAGACCCCCUGGAGGGGAGAACCAGCCACAGGGGCACAGCAUCAAUGACAUCCUUAUGACCUCACAGACUCUGGACACAGUGCCCCUGACCCCAGAGGUGGUAGGGCCUCCGCCACGGCUGCCCAGGAGUCCUCCGUAUGCACAGCAGCAUGGUUCCCCAGGAGUGGAUUUACCAGUUACCGUACCAGAAGUUUUUUCAGUCCCUGAUCAGAGCAGAGGAGAGCUCAGAGGCUCAUCAGGACUUGUAAACAGCAGACAGAGGAGCUAUGACCACUCAAGGCACCACCAUGGGAGCAGCAUUGCUGGAGGGCUGGUGAAGGGGGCUUUGUCUGUUGCCGCCUCUGCAUACAAGGCCUUGUUUGCCGGACCACCGGUCACUGCACAGCCACUAGUUUCCGAAGAUCAGACAGCAGCCCUGAUGUCCCAUCUCUUUGAAAUGGGCUUCUGUGACAGGCAGCUAAACCUAAGGCUGCUGAAGAAACACAAUUACAACAUCCUGCAGGUUGUGACAGAACUCCUCCAGAUCAACAACAACGACUGGUAUAGCCACCGCUACUGAGGAGUGACCUCGUAUUAAACAACUUUGCCUGCU